AUGGCACCUAACACCCUUCACAAUGACUACCCAUGGACAACUCCGGACGCGCCGUUGGUGGUCUCGGCGCCCAUGAUGAAAAUCACCCUGGGCAAAAUGGCCGUGACCGUGUCAGCAGGAGGUGGAUUUGGCUUUAUCGCCGGCGGAUUCGACCUGUCUUAUCUUGCCGGCGGCAUGGCCGAAGCCGCCGAGUAUGCAAAGUCGCAGAACGUGCCGCUACACAACGGCGUGCUCCCUAUUGGUGUUGGCUUUCAAAACUGGGGUAGCGAUCUACAACUAGCCAUCGACGCGCUCAAAGCACAUCCCGUGGCGGCCGUGUGGUUCUUCGCGCCCAAGCAAUUGAGCGAUCUGAUUGAUUGGGCCAAAGCCAUCCGCACAGUGAGCGAAGGACGGACCAAGAUCUGGGUCCAGAUUGGAACAGUGGCCGAAGCCAUCGAGGUCGCAAAGACCACUAAGCCAGAUGUGCUGGUGGUCCAGGGCGCCGAUGCCGGCGGACACGGCCUGGCACAGCGGGCGAGUCUGAUGACGCUUCUGCCCGAGACGGCCGACGCCCUUGCCGCUGAAGGCAUCAAUCAUAUCCCGCUCAUUGCGGCCGGUGGCAUCGCUGACGGCCGAGGAGUCGCGGCGGCGUUGGCGCUCGGUGCUCAGGGUGUGGCGUUGGGAACGCGGUUUCUGGCCGCCGAAGAGGCUGUCAUCUCCAAAGGUUACCAGAAUGAGGUGCUGAGGGUCACAGAUGGGGGUGCAAAUACCGUCAGCACCACCAUCUACGAUACAGUCCGGGGAAUCCAUGGAUGGCCCAAAACUUACAAUGGACGAGGUGUCGUGAACCGAACGUAUCUUGAUGCUGUUCACGGCAUGCCCGAGCAGGAAAACGUAGACCGCUACAAGGAGGCAAUGAAGUUGGGGGACGCUGGAUGGGGUCCCGAAGGGAGAAUGACCACCUACGCCGGUACCGGUAUUGGGCUCGUCCGAGAGGUCCUGCCUGCUGCUGAAAUCGUGCGACGUGUACAAGUCGAGGCCGUCGAUGUCUUACGGAAGUCGGCGGCGCUAUUUGCACAAUGA